GAUAUGAGAUGUAGUAUUAGUUUUUUCAAAAUUAUGCCUUAAAAUCUCAGAUUAACGCCUAAAUAUCACAAAAAGAAGACUACGUACAACUUUAACAUGGACUAAGCCAUGGCAUUUUGCAAUUUUUUAAAUUUCAGCCGAGCAAAUUUUGCUCAAAGUGGCAAGAAAAGCUUGGGGUCCUCGGUUGCUUGGCUUCAAGCAAAUCACUCUCAUUAUCGAAGAUUUCCAUAUGCUUACUUAAGAAGUUUAGGCUCUGUUCCUUCAGAAAAGAAGCAAGGACAGAAAUAUCAAUAUAUUAAUGAAUAUCAAAGCCAGAGGUGUAAAACAAAAUACUUGGGAAACAAUUGGUUCUUUGGUUCUCCUUUUAAUCUAGCUUACAGUGAACUGGUUUCACAUGGUCAGAGAAUACAACUGCCAGACUGGAACAGAAGGGAAUCAUUUCAAACUCUCAACCAGCAAUUUCCAAGCGUACAGUGGAAAUUACACACAAAUGUAGUACCAAAUAGAUUUAAUUUGAAUCAGUGGAACACACAACUAGGUUUUUAUAGUUUUCCACAUCAUUUGCCAUCAAUCUCUGACAAACGACAAGGAAUUUUUCUUUAUCCUAUUGGUGUUAGAACAUUUAUCACAAGUUCUGAACUCAAAGAACAAAUAAAAACCCCCAAAACAAGUGAAGUUCUGCGUGCUGAAGAAAAAUCAAGAGUAGAAGAGACAGUCGAAGCAAUCAAGGAAAAGAAACAAUUAGUCAAGGAUAAGGCAUUUCAGUAUGGUUGUAGUCCAGAGGAUUUGCUUCCCAAAGUUGUAGAGCCAGAAGUCAAAAAGUCUUUAUGGGAAAGAGUCAAGCAUGAAGCUAAACAUUAUUAUAACGGUUUCAAACUGUUGUAUUUUGAAACUAAAAUUGGUAUCAGACUGCUAUGGCAGGUUUUGAAUGGGAAAACUCUGACUAGACGGGAGCAUAGACAGUUUUUACGCACAGCUGCAGACCUCUUUCGGCUGGUUCCUUUCCUCGUAUUCCUGGUUAUUCCUUUCAUGGAGUUCUUACUCCCAGUAGUAAUCAAGGUGUUUCCUAAUCUCCUACCCAGCACUUUUGAAGACAAGUCAAAAAGAGAAGAGACCCAACGAAAACAGCUAAAAGUCAAAAUAGAAAUGGCCAAGUUUUUACAGGAUACAGUUGAAGAGAUGGCCAUCACUGCAAAGCAAAGCAAAUCACAGAAGGCUGUUGUUGAGUUUGCUAAUUUCUUUGAGAAAAUACGCACCAAAGGAGAACAGCCCUCCAAUGAGGAUAUUAUUCGAUUCUCCAAACUCUUUGAAGAUGAAAUAACAUUAGACAACAUGAGUAGAGGACAGCUGAAGGCCAUCAACAGGUUACUGUUACUUCAGACUAUUGGUACAGAUAACUACUUGAGAUUCCAGUUGCGCAUGAAGCUAAGGCAACUGAGGAUGGAUGAUCUGAUGAUCAAGAAGGAAGGAGUUGAUGCCCUAACAGUCCAGGAACUGCAGUCAGCCUGCCAGGCUAGAGGCAUGAGGGCUAUUGGUGUACCUGAGGCAAGACUCAGAUCACAGCUAAAACAGUGGCUGGAGCUGCACCUUCAAGAACAAGUGCCCAUUUCUCUUCUCUUGAUGUCAAGAGCUCUGUACCUACCAGAAAAUGUCAGUUCUGUUGAAAAACUCAAGGAAACACUCUCUAUACUCCCAGAAAUGCUGGUUGAAGUAACAGAGAUCAAAGUUGCAGAAUUAUCUGGAGAAGAAGUAGAUAACAAGAGACGUCUGGAGCUACUGAAGAAAGAAGAGGAGAUGAUUGCUGCAGAAAAAGAAGAAGUGAGACGAAAAGAAGAAGAAGAAGAAAUGGAGAAACAAAAGAGGGCUUUGGCAGAAGCUGCAGAAAUUUUAGUGGAUCAUGCUGAAAUCAUCCAACAAGAAGAGAUCUCAAAGAAGGAUUGGCUGACUCUGAAAAGAGGCAUAGGAAAUGUACGAGGAGUGUUGACUAAAAUCAAAGAAGACAGAGAAGAAUAUAGAGGGGAAUUGAAGGAACUUGAAAUUGAAGAUGAAGAUAAUGCAUUAUCCGAGUCACUAGGGUCAACACGCCUAGGGAAGAAGGUGGAUAAUAUGAUAUCCAAUAUUGAAAAGAAGUUACAGAAACUGGAAGCGGAGUUGAUUGAAAACCCUGAAGCUUUGAGGAUAGAUACUGAUGGUGAUGGUAAGAUUACUACUGAGGAAUUAAUAGGCACAAUCCAAAAACUACAGCAUGCACCCAGCGAAGCAAAGGUCAGGAAAAUUGCUGAUAUGUUGGAUCAGGAUAAAGAUGGUGCUCUUGACCUAGACGAUGUGGAAACGGUUAUUGAACUACUGUGUAUCGAAGAUGUGGACCUAACUUCAGAUCAAGUGGCAGAAAUCGUAUCUCUCAUUAUACGAGAAAAUGAUGCCCGAGAGGAGGCCAAGCUGAUUGCCAAGAAUAGCUCUCUACAGGAUGUUGAUGUUAAGGCCUCACAGGAAUCAUGAAGCUGAGAUCAAUGAAAACCUGUCUCGCCCCACGUAAGUUAAAAAUCUAAGCUAUCAUAGAGGAUUCGUAAUUUGGAAUUCGUAUGACAAAUCUUCGUAUAUUUGCGAGACAAUUUUCGAGGAGUUCGAACUGAUUCCGUCUUGCAAAACUUUAUACCAUUCGAAAUAAUUCAGGAAUUCCGUACCCUGUGUUAUGAAGUUUCUGACCAGGAGUCCUCCGUAUAAUCCGGGUUCCUUUGGUAUCUGGAGUUGGGAUUUCUGAUUACGCUUCCGUACUGAAUCACGGCUAAUACUCUAGUUUCGAGUUCCAAAUUACCGCUGUGUUCCUUGAUUACAGGCUCAUUUGCUCAGGUGCCUCGACUUUGUGCAGAAUAUUUAUUUAUAUUCUAAAGAAGGUCCGUGGAAUUUCAAAGUGUUCGUAUUGUUGAAGUUGUGCAUUCUUUACUUUACCGUUGRUAUUUGUGAAUAUUUAGACACUGAUACGAGGCUAACCCUGUGUAACUGAGUCUGUAAUCAAGGAGAACGCAGCGGUAAUUUGGAACUCGAACCUGAAGUAUACCGACAUACCUUACAUGAAGCGAGUGUGAAUAUUUGAGCAUCUAUGUGAUUAUUUUUCGGUUUUAUUAAAUCUAAUAUACCUAAA